AUGGAUCCGUUCAACAACCCGAAGAACCCGAACACUUCGAACAACCCGAAUACUCCCAACAAUCCGACCCAACCUAAUGUUUUUUCGGUUCCGGGAUAUUAUCCAACGCUAGAACCGAACCAAUUCUCGCAAUAUUCAUCGAACGCGUUUGCUUCAUUCCAACACUCGCCAAACCAAUUCGCUCAAAUCUCCCAAAAUCAAGCCCUUCAACAAAUGAUGAUGCGGGGUGCUUGGAACUUCCCACCCGUGCAACCUCAACCGAUCCCCACACCACCCGUUCAACCUCAACCGAUCCCGACCCAAUCCGAACCCGAAGACGAUGUGGAGAUUGUUCCCGAAACCCAACCGCCUAAAGGGAAAGGAAAACGAAACAAAGGCAAACAAGUGGUGGGUGAUCAAACGUCGAAACCGAAGGCGACUAAGUGGACCCCAAUCGAAGAAGAAGCCUUAGCCAAGGCUUUCAUUGGCACUUCCGACAACCCGGUAAAAGGUAAUAACCAAUCGGGUGAGGGGUUUUGGUCCAAGGUAUUGGCCAAGUUUCUCGCCUUGAUGGACCAAGGCCCGUAUCGAGAUCUCGACUCGGUUUCCUCGAAGUGGCGAAAAUUGAACUCGGCCAUUAAUCGGUUUUGCGAGGAAUAUAACAAAUUAUAA